AUGCCUCGUCGUCCCGCCCGUUGUUACAGAUACUGCAAGAACAAGCCCUACCCUAAGUCGCGGUACAACAGAGCCGUCCCCGACGCCAAGAUCAGAAUCUACGACUUGGGUCGUAAGAAGGCUUCGGUCGACGACUUCCCCUUGUGCAUCCACUUGGUUUCGAACGAACUCGAACAAUUGUCGUCGGAAGCUCUUGAAGCCGCCCGUAUUUGCGCCAACAAGUACAUCACCAAGGUGUCGGGUCGUGACUCGUUCCACUUGAGAAUCAGAGUCCACCCCUUCCACGUGUUGAGAAUCAACAAGAUGUUGUCGUGUGCCGGUGCCGAUAGAUUGCAACAAGGUAUGAGAGGUGCCUGGGGUAAGCCCCACGGUUUGGCUGCCAGAGUUUCCAUCGGCCAAAUCAUCAUGUCGUGCAGAACCAAGGACUCGAACAAGGACGUCGUUAUCGAAGGUUUGAGAAGAGCCCGUUACAAGUUCCCCGGUCAACAAAAGAUCAUCAUCUCGAAGAAGUGGGGUUUCACUCCUUUGGACAGAGAAGAAUACAUCGCCAAGAAGCAAAACGGUGAAGUCAAGGACGACGGUGCUUACGUCAAGUUCAUGUCGAAGAAGGGUAACCUCGAACAAAACCUCAGAGCCUUCCCCGACUACCAACACCAAGUCUAA